AUGACCCAAAUCGGUUUCUAUACAGCCAAUCCGCUGGCAUGUACAGCAGCGCAUGGAUAUCCAUCGCUAGCAUCCUACCAUCACUUAAUGGACUCGCACACAGUUUCAUAUACAAAACGAGUACCGAACUGUCAAAAAUGUGGUCAACAUGGUCGUAAAUCAAGACUGAAGGGUCACAAGCGUAUUUGUCCGUAUCGAGAUUGUAAUUGUGCAAAGUGCCAAGUGGUCAGCGAGAGGCAGAAGUUGAUGGCCGACCAGAUCAAGAUUCGACGUCGACAACGAAAAGACACCUUGAUGAAUAUAACACAUAAACAAUUGCAACAAACUAUGCACCAACCACCUUCUUCAUUCGUGAGCAGUUCAUCACCGACUGGCAGUGUCACUGAAUCCAAUUCAUACUCACCCACAUCGUCGAUCAACAAUACGUUCACUCCAUCGCCACCGGACGUGCUCAAAGCUGCGGUCAGUGCACAAACCGCCGCCUCAAGCGCCAUUCCAACGUCACUCGCACAACUACCGUCUCUGCUCUUCCACGCAGCACCGGCUGUUUCGGCGGCUUCUUUAGGCGCUAGCACAGCUGGUAGAGCGUUACCUGGUGCAGUAGCCACAGCAACAGCUACGAAUGGUGCUGCAGCAAGUUGCUUCUCAUCGCUGAUCGACUCGUUAAACAACGCAACCGCACCGAUCGCGAUGCCAGUGGCGAUCAAUCCGUCGCUGUUGAGCGCUGCGGCUGCCUGCUCGUCAUCGUCCAGUACGUCUGCCGCAGCCGUGCAUGCAGUUCAACAAGCGGCUGCCCACAGCAACCAUCCACUCAUGAAUCUGUCGUCUAUGAUCGACAAUGAACAAUUGCUACAGUCACUGUUGAACAACGUUCGCCUUCUGGAGCAGAAAAUGUGCUCAAUUGAGAAGCAGUCACAUGAUGAAACAAAUGCUGCAUCAAGUGCGUUCGUUGACGUCUGUAGUGUUUAG